AUGAACGCAGACUUGGACCGCCUGUCGGUGGGCUCGCGCGCCUCCAGCGCUUCUUCCUCGCCUUCCUUCGACGGAGCGGCCAAGGGGGCCACGGGACAGGCCGGCUUCAGGAGCGGGGGGCCCGGACCCGGCAUCCGGCUGCUGUCGGCCAACGUGCGGAAGCUCCACGCGGCUCUCAACCUGCUGCUGAGCGAAGGCGAGCGGGAGCAGUUCAUCCAUUGCCUGAACGUCUAUCACUGCCGGCGGAAUGUCUACGAUUUGGUGCAGACGCUCCAAGUUUUGCUGGACGGCCCGGAGAAGAGGCAGCUGCUGCCCAUGUUGCGCCUGGUCAUCCCGCGCUCGGACCAGCUCCUCUUCGACCAGUACACCUCGGAGGGGCUCUACUUAAAGGCGGACUUCUUGGCCGCCGCCGGGGCAGGGUACGACGGGGCUGGGUCUAGCAGAGUCCUCCCUCCAGCCGGCGCGGCUUCCUCCGCCCGCUUUCCCUCUCCCACCCCGGCGGCUGCUCGUUGCUGGCCUCCCUCUUCGUCCUCCUCCUCCUCCGGAAAGCUUGGGCAAGAAUUCAGCACCACCGCGGACGGGACAGCUCCCGGGGACUCGGCGGUUGGCUUGGAGGAGCUGCGAGGGGAGGUCAGGCAGGUGGCCCUCAAGAGGCAGAAAGCUCAAGAAGGAUUGGGGUUCAGCAUCCGAGGGGGCGCCGAGCACGGCGUGGGCAUCUAUGUCUCCCUGGUGGAGCCGGGCUCCUUGGCAGAUAAAGAGGGCCUUCGGGUAGGGGACCGGAUCUUAAAGGUCAACGACAAGCCGCUGGACAAGGUGACCCAUGCCGAAGCUGUCAAGGCUCUCAAGGGAUCCAAGAAGCUGAACCUGACUGUCCACUCAGUGGGUCGCAUUCCCGGCGGGUACAGAACCAACCACAUCUACACCUGGGUGGAUCCCCAAGGCCGAAGUGUCUCUCCCCCGCUCGGCCUGAUCCAGCACCAGAGCAGCUCUUUGUGCAAGGCAAACGAGAAAAGGAGCCACCUUCAACUUCUGCAGGAAGGGGAUGAGAAAAAGGUGAGGACUAGCAGCUCUGUUUUCUUAUUGCCGUUCUCAGGGAUGAUUGCGGAUGUGCUGAAGGACUGUUUGAGUGCCGUGAACAACACGGCUUCGCGCGUGGUGGGACAAGCCUUCUUCAACAUCAUCCAGGUGCCGUGUUUUGAGCUGGUCUACCAGGAAUCGUGUGUGGAGUCUUACCUCUACGUCUGGUGCAAGAACUACAGCCGGACGGCCGUCGCGGUACUGAAAGACCCUGUGAUGUUUGAAUACGGAGGGGAGCAGAUUGACGCCCCAGCCACCCGCCGGCCCCAACUGGCCUCUUCCACCACCACCACCACUUCUCUGUCCCCCAGGCCCCACUUCCAUCCCUUGGGGAGCUCUCCCCCUCCCUGGAAGCCGAGCCAGGCCAGGCCGAGCCCCUCACCCCCAAAGCUUCGGAAGGGCAAAGGGAAGCACGGAGGGCGAGGCCGGAAAGGGAAGGGGGCGAAGCGGAAGCCGAAGAAGGGGCCCUGGGGCAAAACGGGCACCCCCCUCGCCCACCAGAAACCCCCUGGGGAGGGAGCCCCCCAGAAGCAGCUGCCUGUGCAGGAACUGGGGAAGGGGGACGCCCCACACAGGGACCCCGAAAUGGGACAGGGGGACUCUUUCAAUGCCAUCUUGAGUGACGAGCCUGGCCGAGGGGGCAGCGAGCCGGUUGCGACCGGGCUGCCUGAGAUCAUGCAGACGGUCCCCCAAAAGGGCCUCCCCACCACUGGCCCCUCUGGCGCGAGGAAGAGGAGGAAGAAGAGGCGGAGGAACCUGCAGAAGGGAGAGGAAACCUUGACGAGGCGCCAGAAGCACUCCACGGCGGGCAGAGACUCGGAAGAGGGAGGGGGGGCAGCGUAAAGGCGGAGCAAAGUGCCCCCACCCCAAAUGCUGGGCAGGAGGGCCCCCGUGGCUGAAACGCAAAACAGGGUUACGGAAACGAGAGGGGCUCAAAGGUGCUUCCCCCAAAAGGCUAGUAGGAUGAACGGAAGAAGCUUCUUGGCUGAGAAGCGAAACGUUUUCAAGGGGGAAACCCCCUCCCCCCCCAAGAAAGCCCCCUUGGGGCGACUGCGAGAUCUGGAGGACGGAGAAUCUCCAUAGACAAGAGAGGGGGAAGGGACCUCGGAGGCCUUCUAGUCCAACCCCCUGCUUGGCCAGGAGGCCCCGACGCAGAAGACCAGAGGUUCCCUUUGAUGGAGAAGGAAUAAAAGCUG